AUGGAUAGCCCAGCAGAUGGCCGCGAAGAGGAAGAACCCUCCUACAUCGACUACGAGACCUUUGUCUCCCCAGACUUCUCGCCCUCCGCCUUCGCCAACACCCUCGUCCUCUCCACCAACAACGCAAAUGACACUCCCUUAGACCUCUCCACGCCGCUGUCUCGCGUUCUCUUCGACAUUCAAGAGAUUGACUCCCACAUCGACCUCCUCACCACCCGCUCCGCCUUGCCCCUCCUCACACACACCAAGGACCAGACCGAGGCCAGCGGCCGGAUCGUGGGCGAGCUUGACGGGCAGAUCAAGAGCCUCAACGACAGCUACAAGCAGCUCGAGAAGGAGGUCAUACAGAAACAUGCCGAGGCAGACGAGGUCAGGCAGGUUGCCAGCCGUCUCUGGGAGACCCUACGGCUGGGACGCGCCGUCGGCCGGUGUCUGCAAUUGGGCCGGCAGCUGGAGAUACAGCAUGCAGAGCUCGCAGCCGGGACCAAGAAAGAAGACCACAGGACUCUGGUGCGAUGCGCACACACUAUACUGUCCCUAAGGGAGAUCCUAGAGCACAAGGGCUCCGGCGACGAGGGGCAGGGCUUGGACAGGGUCGACGCUAUCCGGUCCCUGCAGGAGAAUACCGCACAGCCAAUCGAGACAUCAGUCAGGGAGACAAGUGAGAGGAUAAUACGCGAGUUCUCAAUGGGGAGCGCCUCAGGCUCGUCCACAUUCGCCCAGUCUGAGGAGACCAAGGCCAAGACAAUAUCCGCGCUGUCAACCCUGUACUUGCUCUCGCCCACGACGCUGGAGAAGGGCCAGAAGUGGUCCCCCAUCUGGAUGCUGCGGGCCUUGGAGACAUACCUUCGCACGCAGCUGCAGAGCAGCACCGCCACGCUGCGCGACGCCCUGGCCGCCCUGCCCAGGCUGGAGCGCACACUGGCCGAGGUCGCCGCGCGGUGCCAGAAUAUUGUCGCCCUCGAGAUGGUCCUGGAGACAACCAAGGCGCCCGCGCACCCAAUGCUCCCGCCAGGUUCGGGCACAGACAAGGGCCACGGCAAUCUCCUCCACCCGCUGCUAGCCUACCUCGAGACCGGCUCGCUGCCCAGCUACUUCUGGCGCACCAUGGCCGGUGGCCUGUCGUCACGCGUACAGGAGAUUGUCAACAGGGGCGGAGUGUCUGCGAGGACGCUGAGGACGAACAAGGAUAAUGUCGCGGCCGUCAUACGGGAGUGUGUCAUACGCGGCAGCCAGCCGCCGAGUGCGAUGGCCAAGACAAAGGGAGAGAAGGCGGCUGGGUGGGACCGCGAGGUUGCGGUAAUGGUGGGCAGUGUGACAGGGAACCUAGGAAGGUGA